CGAGCAUUAGGGUUUCUUGCGCAGCCGAAAGGGAGGUAAUAAGGGUUGUAGCCCCGAGAGAGCUGCUAGUCUGCAACAAUGGUGGUGAAGCCAAGCAAAGGUGGAAGGAAAGAGGAGGUGGUUACUAGGGAGUACACCAUCAAUCUACACAAGCGUCUACAUGGAUGCACAUUCAAGAAGAUGGCUCCCAAGGCCAUAAAGGAAAUCAGGAAGUUCGCCCAGAAAGCAAUGGGGACAACUGAUGUUCGAGUUGAUGUGAAGCUGAACAAGCACAUCUGGAGUAGAGGGAUCAGGAGUGUGCCAAGGCGGGUCCGUGUGCGCAUUGCCAGAAAGAGGAAUGAUGAGGAAGACGCCAAAGAGGAGCUCUACUCAUUAGUUACUGUUGCAGAAGUCCCAGCAGAGGGGCUGAAGGGUUUGGGAACCAAGGUCAUUGAAGAAGGGGAGUGAAUUUUCCUGCUUCCUAGUUUUUUAGUAAAAUUUCAUUUUUGAUCAUACUUUUAGUUCAGAAACUGCCCUUGUUUUGGAUUUUUCAACUUCUCUACUACGAGGUGAAUGUAUUUUUGAAUUAUGAUGGCGUCAUCCUUGUAGCGUAGCUUUGAGUUAUUCUGUACAAUUGGCACCCAAAACAGCUUCAGCAUGAGAUUGCGUGAGUGAAUUUUUUUACAAAAUGAACCUGAUGAUGGAGUUUGUCUA